AGCGGGUCAAAAGUGGAAGUGGACAUGAUGUUUCUUUUCUACUUUAGCCACACAAAAAGAGGUUCAGUCACAGAGACAGAGACAGUGUGGGAGAGUCACAUAACUAACAGAACAUUUGAUUAUUUUUAUUUUCUGGAGUGGAGUUUGUGAGUCUGGAUUUAGAAUGAAGAUCCUCCUCAUCUUCACCUUCUUCCUGAUUAUAGCUGGAACUGAUGCUGUAACUACAGUAACUGGAUACAGAGGAAGAUCAGUUCAGAUUAAAUGCCCCUAUGAAUCUGGAAAGGAACAGAACAAGAAGUAUCUCUGCAGAGGUGAAUGUCCCUAUUUGUGGACUAAAGACAUUCCUGUUCAGUCUGGAUCUCCUCCUAAAGAAACCAGAUUCUCUCUGUAUGACAACACAACAGCAAGAGUCUUCAUCAUCACCAUCACUGAUCUGAGAACUGAGGAUGGAGGCACUUACUGGUGUACGAUACAGCAGAAACUUGCACAGGAUAUUUACACAGAGAUUCUACUGCUGGUUAAAACAGGAUUCCCAACUACUCUUGUCAUCUCUGCUGUGUCUGUGGUUCUAGUGCUGCUUAUCGUUGCCUUUAUAUUUAUUGUAAUGAUACAGAGGAAAAAGAAGACCCAAGGCUUUGACACAACAGUCACCCAAGCAUCCAAAGAGACAAAUGGAAAACAUGAAAAUGACCAAAAUUUACUUCCGGCCCAAGCAAGAGAAAAAAACGGUUUACCUGAAACUGUCUACAUGAGUCUAGACCCAACCACCAGCCAACCAGACUCAGUCUACCAGAGUCUGUCAAUUACUAAUAACCAAUCAGAAUCAAUCUACCAGAGCCUGUCAUUUACCAAUAGCCACUCAGAAUCAGUCUACCAGAGUCUUCUCUGAACAAACUCUGCUCAUGUUCAGCUUUCUUUUCAGGCUGAAGUAGCACAGUGGUUUUGAUCAUGGGGCAUGCAAUUGUAUUUGGCGGAAGCAGAACAAGAGAUAGGGAAUCCCCUUUCUCUGACCUUCUGCUGUGACUCCAAAGCCCAUGUUUUAGACUUGGAAGCUUGCAGCAUGAUUUCCUCCAAGCAGAGCGAUGACCUAAUGUUGUAUGCAUCAUGAUCUGGGAGAUUGGUGUCAGCAAAGAAUUGUGGGUUGUGUCUUCUCAGUCAACCUGCAAUACCCUCAAAGCUGUGUAGGACCUACCAAGAUCCUACCAAGCUGACCUGCUGAGGGAGUGGGAUAGCGGUGAGGGAUUAAACCCUGAGGCAUGGUUGCUGAGACUCAAAUUGGAACCCAUUCUCCUUUGGUUGACAACAGUAUAUGGUCAAGUGGAUUUGUGCCAGAACCAGAAGCACUUGAGCAAUUUAUAGGUCAGUGUAUUUUCUGAGAUGACAGUGUUAAUCCAGUUAAUCCAGUGUUGAGCAAAUCCCUUCCUGCAUUAAAGAACCAGAACCUUCUACCAGUCAUCCCUGGGCCCAGGAUGGCUCCCAUAUGUAGGAGCAAAAGCCUAGUGUGGCGGCCUAUGCCACCUCUCGUAGAGAUAGGGUGGUGGACUAGCACAAUCAGGGGUAGUCUUGACUGGGGAGAGGCGUCCUAAGAUCAGUCAUCUCUGCCAAGCGAGCCAGUUCAGAAGCCUGAUGCUCUAGGGGUCUGCUGCCAUUUAGUUGAAUAUGACUGCUAUUUCUGCUAGCCAAGCACCCAUCCUUGGGGUGUCCAUGGGGGACACGCUUUGGUCUCUUGCUUCCUGUGCAGUGCCAGAUGGCUGAGGCCUUUGGGCAGAUCGGAAGUUCACUUCUGCCGCCUCUCUGAGGCCCAGGAGGGGGCCUCAACCCCAUGAAUCUUUUGCCCCAUGAAUCUUUUGCCCCUAUUAUCUGCCCUAUGAAUCUCUGCGGCCGGGAGAACUAUGCUUGCUGUGCAUCGCUUGGGCCCUUAGGGCUUACAAACAAAGCUCUAGCCUACUCUACCACUCCACUCUGGCCUACUCUACCCCUAUCUCAACUUUGGGGGUAGCAGUUAAAAAGAGGUAGGCCAGUCACCAAGCAAAGCUUUUGCCCACUGGGUACUAGAAGUCAUCACAGUCCUAUGGGGUGGGUGGCAUGUCUUCACCCCUAGAUUACAGGAUGCUCUCCACCAUUAUUGCGAUAUUCACCAGCUGGUGAGGCUUUUCAGUUGAUUUGCCCCAGCAGUUGCCUGCGCUAAUUCACUCAGCCCUGUGGGAUCAGAAUUUUUCCUUCUGUAAUGACAUUAGUAUUGAUGUUCCCAUAGCGUUAAGCCACGGCGCAGAGUUUGUCUCAGGGAAUGUCUCAGGUUAUGUAUGUAACCCUGUUCCCUGAGAAUGGAACAAGAUGCUGAGUCACUUGCAACACAUCAGGCAUGCCCAGUGUCUUCCUCCAAACAGUUAGAAUCUGAGGACUAUGUGACUUAGGUGCCCUUUUAUGGUGUUGUUGACAUACAUUGCUAUGUCACCUGACUCCAUUAUUAGCCAAUAAUAUUGCUGUGUGUUCACAAAUGCUACAGAAACUGGUUCCAUGAAUAGUGUUCCCAUAGCAUGAUGCCAUGACACAGCGUCUCGUUCCCUUCUCAGGGAACAGGGUUACAUAUGUAACCUGUGAUGUUUUUGUUGCCUUUCUGCCCUGUGUUCCUUAUCUCGACUAUUCCUUAUAAUCUGUUUUUGCCACCUUGAACCUAUUCUGCUCCAAUCUGUUCUCUGCCUGCUGUUUUGUACUUGUUUGUAUUUUGGAGCCCCCCUGCACCCGUGUCCAUGCAGCCUGCUUCUGUGUCCUUUCACCUAAUGACAUCAUUUCUGAUCACUUUUUCCCCACUAGCCAUGCGUGUAACAAUGCUGUAUGUAAAAUAAUUUUUCACUGGGCUUUAAACUUGUCAUUUGUAUUUUUCAUUCAUCAUGGCUUUUUCUUUUACAGUUAGCUUAUUAAUAUAAAGCCUUUUGACCAUCUCUAUGGUGUUUAAGACAAAAAACAUAAGAUGUAUGUGAAAUACAUUUAACCUUAAUGUCAUUGUAAAUACACAAAUUAUACAUUCAUUGUGUACACUCCUGACUUUAAUUUCAUUCUCAUUGUUCUGGCCUGACUAAUGGACAAUAGUUUAGUUUAUUAUGACUGUCUUGGCAUCUAGCGGCUGCAGUUGGUAUUGCCAGGAUAUUAGUUUUGAAUUUUCUAACUUUCUCCCUGAAGUGACUUAGGGGCAUCUGCUAUGAUCAAGCAGAUAUCCCUCUGUAUAUGAGGGUGUUAGUGUAAUUGAAAAUUGUUGCUCAUGUCUUGGGUUUUGGUCUCAUCGCUGUUAUGUGGCUUUAUGUUCUUGUUUAUAUAUACAGUAUGUGUAUGUAUUAUGCUUUGAUAUUGAUGGGCUUGAUUGUUUGUUGAAUGUAAUAUGGUGUGAGUUUUGGUUUUUGUGUAUUUUCUAGUUUCACGCUUCAUCUUCUUGUCAAUAAACACAUUUGCUUGA